AGUGACUUUUCCAUUUGAACAAUACAAUUAAUUGUAUGAGCAAUAUCUAAUAUUAGGCUUUUCAUUUUCAUUUUACACAAUGCCUCAUUUUGUACCACCAAUAUCAGAUCUGUAUAUAUGUAACAUUAGCCCCACUCAACGAAGUUAACUUGUCAACUGCUUUUGAGUGAUCAUUCAAAGUCUUUUAGGUAUGCAGGUCUUCUGAUUGGCCUGCCACUUCUCGAACAGGGAAUAUGGUUUGGAGUUGGGGCAGGCUAUUCCACUUUUGUUUCAACAGUCUCUGUGUUGAAGUCCUUUUCAAACUCUCCGGUGACAGUUUGUAUCUCUGUCUUUGCAUCCUCUUUUUCUGUCUCAUCCAGUUCUGGAAGACCAUCACAAAGUUCCUUGCUCAAUCUCAGAUGCUUUCUGUUCCUUCUCAGUACUUGUCCAUUUUCCACCUCAAUUUCAUAUGAUCUUUGUUCGACUGGCCUUAUCACUGUAGCUUUUAGCCACCAUUGUGUCUGUCCUUUCAGGGGCUGAACUCUCACUUGAUCUUUGUAGCGCAGCUCUUUGAGAUCUUUUGCUGACUCAUUAUAGUAGUGUGCUUGUCUUCGCUGCCUGUUUUUGUAGUUUCCCGCCUUAGAUAUUAGUCCUGGACGAAGUAAACUCUCGCACAUUGGAAGUAGUGUUUUAGUGCGUCAUCCCAUCAGUGCCAUUGCUGGGCUGCUUUCUGCAUCCUGGCUUGGCGUGUUCCGGUGAUCCAACAUUGCUAAGUAUGGAUCUGACCCAGCUCUUUUCGCUUUGGCCAUCAGUCUCUUUGCACUUUUCACAGCUGAUUCCACUUUUCCAUUACUCUGUGGAUAUCCUGGCGAGGAGGUUUUAUGUACUGUAUAAAGUUAGGAUCUGCUGAAUUUAUUGAAUUCCUCUGAUGAAUACUGGGGUCCAUUGUCCGAAAACACUAUGUCUGGAAUUCCAUAUCUUGCAAAGUGUGCUUUCAGUUUGCAUAUGAUAGUCUUUGACUCUGUGUUUUCCAAUUGAUCCACUUCCCAAAAAUUGGACAGAUAAUCCACUGUGAUCAUGUAGUCUCUGUCAUUACAAUGAAAUAAGUCUGUCCCAAUCUUCUCCCAUGGCCGAGUUGGCUCUUCAUGUGACCUAAGGGUCUCUUUCUGUUGUUUUACAUCCAAAGCUGAGCAGACACUGCAUUGUUCCAUAAAUGUUCUCAGUUUUGCAUUCAUGCCUGGCCAUUAUACACACUCACGGGCUCUUCUUAAACAUCCUUCAAUGCCAAUGUGAGAGGAGUGGAUUCUCUGCAUUAUUUCCCGUCUCAAUGCUGAUGGUACAACAACUCGCUCUCCUCUAAAGAUAAUCCCAUUUUGCACACUCAGUUCAUUUCUAACAUGGAAGUACUUGGUCACAUCCAUAGACAGGUGUUCCUUCCCCUCAGGCCAGCCCUGUAGUAUCACUUUUUUCAAAGACUGGAGCUCAGUGUCUAAUUCUGUGGCUCUCUUUAUGGCUUGUGUUCUUUCCUUAGAUACAGGUAAAUAGGUCACCAUGUUGAUAGACUCUAUUUCCAACUCCGAUCUGCCCCUCUCCUGGUCUCUGCAAUAGGCUCUGCUCAAAGUAUCAGCCAGCAGUAGGUGCUUGCCUGGGCAGUAUUGGAGCUUCACUUGUUACCACUGAAGACGCAUGAGUAUGCGUUGUAAUCUUUUUGGUGCGCUUAGAAGUGGCUUGGUCAUUAUAUUCUCCAGCGGUUUGUGGUCCGAUUGCACUUCCACAGUCCGGCCUUAUGUGAAGUGGUGAAAUCUUUCCAUCCCAUACACCACCGCCAGCAAUUCUUUUUCUAUUUGAGCGUAACCUUUUUCCGUUUCCGUCAAAGCCCUGCUGUCAUAUGCAAUGGGCUGUCCCUUUUGCAUUAGUGCAGCCCCUAAUCCGCUUUCCGAUGCAUCACAUUGCAAAACCAGCUGCUCUGAGGGAUCAUAAUAUCUCAACACCGGGGUCUGUGAGAGAACUUCCUUGAUAUUCUCAAAAGCCUGUUCCUGACUGUCUGACCACUCCCAUACUGUCUCUUUCUGGGUCAACUGUCACAGAGGUUCUGUGAGAGCAGAGGCAUGGCUACAAAAUUUGGCAAGGUAAUUAACCAUGCCCAGAAAACGCUAAACCCCUUUUAUGUCAGUAGGCCGUGGCAUCUGUGUAAUGGCUGACACUUUUCCUGGGUCUACCUUAACUCCAUCUGAUGAGAGUAGGUGUCCUAUAUAUGGGACCUCCUUCAGUCUCAAGCGCAUUUUUUCUGGGUUCAGUUUCACAUGACGUGCCCUGCACCUGUCCAGCAGCAUCCUCAUAUUGUUGUCAUGAUCUUUUAUUGCGUCCUCAUCAUUGUCUCCUUUUCCAACAACCAAUAUAUCAUCUGCAAUGAUUUUUACACUGGGGAUUCCUUCCAUCACCUGGUUAAACUGUCUUUGGAAAAUUUCUGGUGCCGGGCUAAUACCCAUUGGCAUCCGAAGCCAUCGAAAACGUCCCAUUGGUGUUGCAAAUGUCGUGAGGAGACUUGAUUUUUCCUCCAGUUGUAUGUGCCAAAAUCCAUUUUUCACAUCACAGACUGAAAAAACUCGUGCUCCGUUCAGAUCUGGUAGUACAUCCUCGAUUGUGGGCAAUGGAUAAUGGUGUCUCUUGAGCGCUUUGUUAAGGGGCUUUGGAUCAAUACACACGCGUAGCUUUCCGGAGGGUUUCUGCACUACGACCAUGCUGCUGAUCCAGUCGGUACUUUGUUCAACGGGUGCUAUAAUGCCCCCGCUUUUGAAGAUCUAUUAGCUCUUUUUUAAGAGGUUCAUACAGAGCUGUGGGAAUCCUUCUUUUGGGUAGUUUCACUGGUUCUACUUGCUCAUCUAUUUCCAGUUUGAGCUUUCCUUCAAAUAAUCCAUCCCCUUCAAAGACAUCAGCGUAUUCCUGUUUUAUUUGCUCUGUGGACCAUUGUUGUGACUCCUUUGUGUUCAUAGCCAUGAUAUUGUGAUGUACUACAUUAAUCAGCUGCAUUUCUUGGCAUGCUUUACUACCCAAGAUUGGUUUGUAUGUAUCGUUCUCUACCACGAUGAAUUUAAGUCUGUAUUCUUUUCCAUUGCGUGGAUUUUUUACUUGCAGCCUGCACUGUCCCAGUGGAGUCAGUGUUGUUUUGUUGUACAUUAGUAAGACCUGGUUGCAAGGUUGUAAUUGUAUACUUUUUGUUGCAUUUGCUGGGAUUACAUUGCAUGUAGCUUCACAGUCUAACUGGAAUAGAACAGCUUUUUUGUUGACCUGCAAGGUUGCAUACAGAGCUGCAUUCUGGUCUGGGUCACCCUUCACCAUCUUAAUACUGCCCCCUACCAUACUCAAAGUUAUGCUCAGUACCUCAUCCUCGCUUUCUGAAUCCAUAUCCAUUUGCUCCAUUGCCAUAACUGUUUUUUUUCUGCUGGACCGCAUGCUCUUGCACACUGCUGCAAAGUGGUUGUUUUUUCCACACACUUUACACUUUUGUCCAAAUGCCGGGCAUUUUUCCUUUUUCUUUUCAUGUUUCCGGCCGCAGUAUCUGCACUGUAUGAUGCCACAAUCCCAUGAGGACUCUGCUUUCUCUCUCUGUCUUUCCCUUGUCGACAUCGCAUGUAGUGUCGCUGAUGUCUGUGUCUCUAUAACUUUGGCUCGCUGUCUCGACAGCUCUGCAGCACUUCCUAUCUGUAAUUCAAUUCAAUUCAAUUCAAUUUUAUUUAUAUAGCGCUUUUCACAAUGUGCAUUGUUCCAAAGCAGCUUUACAGGAGCAAAUAAGAAAAACACAGAAAGGUAAAACACAGCACAGUGCAUGGUGUUUAUAGACCAAGCAAGAUCAUUAUAAUAAAUAAUAUCUAAUAAAUAAAUGAAUAAAUAAAUAAUCUGUAAGCACUUUUCCAGACUGAGGUCAGACUCUCUAAGUAGGCGCUCUCUUAGCUGUGAGUCCCACUUCCCACACACAAUUCUGUCUCUAAUAAGGGAGUCUGUUAUCACCCCAAAAUUGCACGUCGCUGCCAUUGGCCUUAAUUCAGUUAUAUAUUUAUCCAAACUUUCCUCUUGGCCCUGGUUUCGAAUAAAAAAUUGUAUCUUUCAACAGUUUCAUUCUUUUUCGGGUCACAAAAUCCAUCCAGUUUUGUUAUCACUUCCUCCAUCAAUAAACCCUCUAUGUCCUGUCCGACUCCAAGAGUUUUGCACACUUCGCGUCUUUUUUCUCCAAUUAGGUAAUGUAGCAGUUUUAUUUUAUAUUCAUCUGUUUUGUCUCCCAUCGUCAGAUCUACAUAUAAACUGAAUUCUUCCUUCCAUCUUUUCCAUACAAGUGCCAAAUUGCAGUCAUCAAAGUCUAUUUUUCCUGGCGGUUUUAAUGCACUCUCCAUCCUUCUGAUGAUAGCGCUCAGUCAUUUACUCACUGCGAAAACUGUGUGGGUGUGUGCAGAUCGGAGCUGAAGCAACCAGUCAGAUGCUCUCUUAUGAGCAGCGGUUAAAUCCACAUUCGCGUGUUUCUCGCUUUGGUGCAUCGACGAAAUGGCUGUUACCCGUCGUUUGUGCUCAUCAUGUGCCGCUAUUUACUGCUGCCACCAUGAUUCAAUAUGUUAUAUCUGGAAAUAUCCAAGAACAGACGGCGAGUUCACAACAUACUCCAUGCCCUUUAUUUCAAUAACGACUUCCGGGUUUUCCCUUAUUUUUCAUAAUACAAAUUCGUAGUAACAGUCUUAGGACUUUAACAACACACAUAUUGUUACACCCGCAAAGACUAAAAAUGGCAAGAGGAAAGAAGAUUUCUGAAGACAUCAGGAAGAAGGUGGUGACAGGCAGCCCAUCAGUCUGGGGAAGGCACAAGACAGAGGGAUGGGAAAAGGAAGCCUCAUAAAGCACAGACGCUGUCCUCUGCCUUUUCUGGGAAAAGAUUCAAAGCUUUGAGAGUGUGUGGAGAACAGCGCCAUCUGUUGGUUAAUAAAAGAAUACAGCAGUGGCCUCUAGAAGAAGCUCCGUCGAAUGAAGCAAUCGCCAGAUGAAAUUUGGAUCAAUUCAAUUUGAAUGUUAUGUGCUAAACUUAAGAUUAAAUAACACAAGUGUGUUUGUGUGAAUUUGUCCAUAUAAUAAAGUAGUAAGUUACUCAUUCAAGUUCUCAACACAAGCUCUGACGCCUUAAUUCAAAUGUCAUCUCCAUCCACCAUAAGACAACUCAACUACAACCGAAGGCCAUUUAGCACGACCUCGACUUGCACACCUCUCUGACAGCAUCUAUGGCACAUGUACAUGCAUCUGCAGAUGAAAAUUGAACAGACGUGACAUUUAAGGGAGGGUUUCUAGAAGGACGCAAAACUUUGCCAUAGAGCAUUUAGACAAACCAGAGGUUUUGGGGAAAACCAUUCUCUGGACAGAUGAAUCCAAAGUAGAUUGAUUUGGUCAAAAUCGAAUGUUUGAGCCAACACUAAAUUCCAAGAAAAGAGCCGACAAAUUCACACACACCACCAGUGAACCAUGGUGGUGGAAAUGUGAUGGUUUGGGACAGCUCUUUUGCCUCCGGGCCUGAGUGACUCCAGAUUGUCCAGGGAAAAUUGAAUUCUCAGGCCUAUCAACAAAUUCUUGAUGAGAAUUUCCUGCCAUCAGUCAGGGAGCUACAUGCUAAAUUAGUUUUUAAACUUGACUUAAACUAAAAAUAAAUGAAAAUGUACAUUACAGGUUUUAGAAUGAAGUGUGUUUUCUGUAAAGCUGCUUUGAAAUGAAAAGCACUGUACGAAUAAAUGUCAAUUAAAUUGUGGCAAAAUGGCUCAAUAGCAUUUCUAAAACUGGAACAAAGCAGCCCUCAUGCUAUAGUUCAUGUUUGAAACAUCCCUACACCUAUAAAGAAACCACAGUCUUUUAAAGCCCAACAGAAAGUCAACACAUCAUAUUUGGUCAGAUUAAUCUAAAGGCCUUUGCGAUGUAAAGCCUUGAAGUUUUGGUGGUCUGAUCAAAUUCAAUGUUCUGAUGUGAGUGUCGAGCAUCUCCAGUGAAUCUGUGAGGGACAGACUACGAUUCAAGAGGUGUCAUCAUCAUACAGGCUACACAUACAUGACAUAUACCCAAGUUUAUUAGAUCCAUGUCACACCUGUCAUGAUCUUACGUACCCAGCACAAAUGCUUUUAAAACAGUCUACAAUUUUAAUAAUACAAUGUAGAACUGAAGAUGUCAAGUUUACAGAUGUCAGCAUACAGUAUAUGCAGCCGGUGAAGAUUACAACCCUGUAGUGCGUGACCAUUGAUAUUUCAUGUAAUCGCUGUUUUGAUUCCAUGACGUCACGAAAAAAAAAAAAUUAGGACUUAUUUUGAGGUUUUCACUUGAAUUAGUGGAAUGAAGAUUUUCUGUGAAUAAAAAAUCAUACUUAGAGAUUUUAAUUUGAGUGUUUUUCAUUCUUUUAAUGUCAUUGGGAUCACAACACAUGAGAGGUGUCCUCAUUGAGAGAAUCUGAUAUGUUUUGUGAUAAAUCUUCCUCACAUUGUCUCCAGGGCUUUAUCAUCACCAUCCUCUUUUUUGGCUGCUUUUCUAACAGAAGGACAGACACUAGAUGAGCAACAGUAUCGUCAUUUAAAAACAUGUAUUGUGUGAUGACGUUAAAGACUUUGUCAAAAGAAUUUGUCAUUCUGCAUUGGUUUGGCGUUGCGUGUCACAGGACGGCAAGAUUGUGCGCGACCGCAUACAGAAACAUUUCAGGGAUAUUGGCAUCUGGAUCAUGACAGAUCCGUUUCCCCCCUUCAGUUUUUACUCUGCAGUCCAGACAACAGGUCUUCCCGUGUAAACGUCUCGUGACGCGUGGGGGGGGAUGUGAGGUGACCGCACGGGGCGAUAGGUAGCCCUGCAGAGCUCAAUUAGCAUUUCACAAGACCCUUUUCCCUUUUCUUUGGCGACCUUCCCCGCGGUGCUCGUGCUUUUGCCGGGAUGGUCCUGUUUCUGGCCCUUGUUGCCGUUGGCAGGGUGACAGUAUUCGAGUGUGCAAACUUGUGCUAUUGUCCCCGAGCCAGAAGGAGCCAUGGAGACUCCACUAAUAUGACACAGGAAAAUGUUUGCUGAUGGCGAUUCUAUGGGCUUUGUCUAACUCUUUCUCUUUCAUGACGACUCGAUUUAAGUCUCCAAAUGUUUGACUACAAAUGCAAGAGUGCUAUCCAGCUCCUCCGCCUUUGUCCCGCGAGGUUUGAAUGAGUAAUUCAGCUUUUGUGUCGCUCGAUUGAGGGGGCAAACAGAAAGACAAGAUUCUUGAGCGCUCAAGCCCCCUUUCCAUGGUUAUGCGCACAUCUCCUCAGCGCCCCCUCCCCCGUCCCAUCCCGCUCCUUCUCACAUCACUUCUAAGGUAGAGAACUUAAGAUCGCAUGCAGUCGCUAAAGUGAAUCUUUAAGAGGCAUGCAGUGAGGCAUAUCUGACCGUCCAAAAACAGAUUUUGUCUGGAUAGGAGAACCGAAGGACGCUUCUACUAAGAAAUAUUGCCCUUUAUUUUCCCUAGAGGAUUUCCAUGACAACAAUUUGGGAUGGCAAAGAAUUCAGCACCGGGGAUCUCGGUGGCUCACUGGGGUGCAUUGUGAGCAAAGUGAGGUCGCUGAUUGGUUCAAGGAAAGCACCAUAACUGCAGCAAGUCUCAAUUCAUUCAGCUUCUUUGAGGACUUCAGACGAGCUGGACAUCACUUCAACAGCUUCUGUCGUGGACUGGAGACGCUACUACUGACAAUUCUGUGGACAACUGGAGCGUUUCUAUGGCUGAGAGACUCUUCAACGAGGAAGGAGUAUUGAUGAAAAUACCUGCAACGCGUUUUUAAUGCAGGUCAGUGUAUGCAUAGUUAUUGAACGGAUGAGAUGGCGAACUCUGACAGCGAGGUGAAAACACUUCUGAACUUCGUCAAUUUGGCAUCGAGCGACAUCAAGGCCGCGCUUGACAGAUCGGCGCCCUGCAGACGCUCCGUCGACCACCGAAAAUACCUGCAGAAACAACUCAAGCGAUUCUCACAGAAAUACACGAAGAUCCCGCGUUGUCAUUCACACAGAACGAGCGAGCCGCCCAAAAUACCUGAGGAUAAAGCGCCCGGAAAUCUGCGUCGCUUGACUGACGCCAGGGAUGGGAAUUCUGACGAGGAUUUGUCUCCGCACUGUGAGGACGAAGCGCGCGCGGGUCAAGUGCCCAUGCGCAACAGGCAGCUUCCGGCGUCCUUCUGGAAGGAACCGCAGUCCUCCUCGGGCAGCCGAGAACGCUUCGUUAAACAUCCGCUAAAUAACGGCGAGAGAAUAAAGAUGAUUUACGACGACGUGAAACCAAACCCGCUGCUGUCCGGCGACGUGGAGCCGCUGAGGAGUGUGGUGUGCGCGUGCUGCUGCGCGCUUCAGUACCGCGGGAAUCACUCGCUUCACGGGCGCGUUCUCGCGCCCCACACUGACGCGGCGGCGUACAGGAACAAAAUUUACGGGACAAAUAUCGAAAUAUCGCACAACAUUAUCGAUGGAUUACACGGCAAUAGCACGCAUGUGGUUGUCAAGCCGAUUCCCACGAAACCCGCGGUAUCGGCAUCAAUUUUCAGCGUGUUCGGAUUCAUUUAAUUUUCCUG